CUCCAAAAAUACCUCAGAAUCACCAAUUUCGUUUUCUUCCGGAGGUGUUUCUCUUUCUGCUCACAAUUUUUCUUCUUCAGCUUUAGAUUCAUCGUUGUUCGAUUUUAAACUCUUAAGGAGAGGUUUCUAUCAAUGAAGUAUCCAGUUGGAAGUUUCUUUCCGGAGAAGCAACUGUACCGACAAGGAAUCCUAGCUCAUGGAUAGCAAGGAUGAAUCCCACAAGGAUUAUUACAAAGUUCUGGAGGUUGAUUAUGAUGCAACAGAAGAGAAAAUCAGAUUAAAUUAUCGAAGGCUUGCACUGAAGUGGCAUCCUGACAAACACAAGGGCGACAAUGCUGUCACUGCAAAGUUCCAAGACAUCAAUGAAGCUUAUACAGUAUUGAGUGAUCCAGCUAAACGAAUUGAUUACGAUUUGACGGGAAACUGUGAGAUUGACAAAUACACAUUGCGAGAAUACCUUACACGAUUUAAAGGAAUGAUACUUACCAGCAACGGGCUUGGUAUAACUCAUACUUCAAUAUGGUCACGGCAGCUAAUGGAAACAAACGAAUAUGUGGAUAAAUAAAAUGGGGAGAUAAAUUUCCAUAUUGAGUGUAUUACAAUUUAUGGAGCUUUCAAAGAGGUGGAUGUGCGCAUAUCUGAUGAAAUGUGUUCUCUCAGCUAAAAACCAUCGCAUCAUAGGAGGUGGUUCGAUACUGUUGUGUAAUCAACUCCAUUCUGGGUGUUCCUAAACUUUCUUUUGAUAUGAUACAUCUCUCUCCCUC